UUUCACCAUUGACACCAUACAUCAACUUUCCUUACCAAUAUACUUUCACCACUUUCCUCAAUAAUACCUAAAAAAAUGCAGAGGCAAGCAGAAAGGAAAAAUGAGCAAGAAGAAGAAAUUAGAGAACAAAAAGACGAGAAGAAGAAUGACGAAAUUCCAUUAAUGGCGUUGAACCACGUGUCGAGACUUUGCAAGGACGUUAAAAAAACAGUCGAUUUUUACACCAAAGUACUUGGGUUCGUAUUAAUUGAGAGGCCGCAAGCUUUUGAUUUCGAUGGAGCUUGGUUGUUCAACUAUGGUGUUGGGAUUCAUUUGGUUCAUGCUAAAGAUGAAGAUAGAUUGCCUAAUGAUACUGAUAACCUCGACCCCAUGGACAACCAUAUUUCUUUCCAGAGUGAAGACAUGGAGGGAAUGGUGCAAAGGUUGGAACAAUUCAAGAUAAAGUAUCUAAAGAGAACGGUAGGAGAAGAAGAAGGAGCAGCCAUCGACCAACUCUUCUUCAAGGAUCCAGAUGGUUUCAUGAUUGAGAUAUGCAAUUGUGAGAAUGUGAAGCUGGUCCCUCAACGUUCCAUUGGUCGCAUCAAGUUCCCUUCUGAUCGUCACAAUCCUCCUGUUGACUUGGGAAAACAUGAUAACGACGCUGCCAAAGCUUAAAUUUGCAUGUUCUUUUUCUCCUUACUAUGCUGUUUUCAAUUUGAAUUUGAAUGUAGCUUCUAAUUAGUUUAUUCAAUCUUCGUGCAGUCCACCCCUGAAA